AUGGCCUCCAUUUUGUUGGCAUUGAUCCUCUUGUUUUCUUCAUUAAUAACAAUUAAUGCUUUUACGUCUGAAACCUCAAAAUUAGUGGUUAAUGAAGUCCACCAGAGCAUCAAUAAUGCUUCUAGGAGAAACUUGGGUGAGUUUUCUUGCGGCACAGGCAACCCAAUAGACGACUGCUGGCGUUGUGACCCAAACUGGGACAUAAAUCGCAAACGUCUAGCUGACUGUGCCAUGGGUUUUGGAAGGAACGUGUUGGGUGGGCGGUUUGGUCUAUUUUACCUAGUUAAGGACCCUGGAAACGACGAUCCAGUGAACCCGGUUCCAGGGACACUUAGACACGCUGUGAUCCAAGAUGAACCGUUAUGGAUCAUCUUUGAGCGUGACAUGGUGAUACAAUUGCGUCAAGAGCUCGUUAUGAAUUCUUUCAAGACUAUAGAUGGAAGGGGUGCAAAUGUGCAUAUUGGCAAUGGUCCAUGCAUUACUAUACAUAAUGCUACCAAUAUUAUCAUACAUGGGAUUCAUAUACAUGAUUGUAAGCAAGCCGGGAAUGCUAUGAUUAGAGAUUCACCAAAACAUUACGGUUGGUGGACACAAUCCGAUGGAGAUGGGGUUUCUGUUAUCGCAAGUAAAAAUAUCUGGAUCGAUCAUUGUUCAUUGUCUAAUUGUGCUGAUGGACUAAUUGAUGUCAUUUAUGGAUCUUCGUUUGUCACUAUAUCUAACAAUUACAUGACUCGUCAUGAUAAAGCCAUGUUGUUAGGACAUAGUGAUAGCUUCACACCAGAUAAAGCCAUGCAAGUCACCGUUGCGUUCAACCACUUCGGUGAAGGGCUUAAUCAAAGAUUGCCAAGAUGUAGACAUGGGCAUUUCCAUGUGGUGAACAAUGACUAUACGCAUUGGGUAACGUAUGCAAUCGGCGGAAGUGCAGACCCUACCAUCUAUAGCCAAGGCAAUAGAUUUUUGGCACCGGAUAAUGGAUUUGAAAAGCAGGUAACGAAGCACAGUGAUGCGGCGGAAAGUGAAUGGAAGCACUGGAACUGGAUGUCUGAAGGGGACUUGAUGUUAAAUGGUGCAUAUUUUGUAGAUUCGGGUAGCCCAUCAUUAUCUUCAAGGGUGGCGAGUUUACCUGCCAGACCGUCGUCACUAGUGGGGAUUAUAACUCGAACCGCUGGUGUACUCAACUGCACAAGAGGGUCUCGCUGCUAA